AUGAUACAGAAGUUCAUUACGGGGUUGCAAGCUCAUUUCAAACUUCGUGAUCUUGGCACUGCUAAGUAUUUUCUUGGUUUAGAGAUUGCAAGAUCAUCGAAGGGUAUUUCAGUUUGUCAACGAAAGUAUAUCUUGGAGUUGCUUUCUACGACAGGUUUUCAUGGAGCUAAAACAUCUACUAUUCCGAUGGAUCCAAGUAUCAAGUUUUUGAUUGAAGAAGGUGUUCCAUUAUCAGAUUCUUCUUCAUACAGAAAGUUGAUCGGGAAGUUGAUGUAUCUACACACAACUCGUCCUGCUAUUUCGUAUGCGGUUAACACCUUAUGUCAAUUCUCUCAUGCACCUACUGAUAUUCAUCUGAAUGCUGCACAUAAGGUUUUGAAAUAUCUGAAGGGCACAGUGGGUCAAGGGUUGUUUUACCCAGCUGAUAACAAGUUUGAUCUUCGGGGAUUCUCGGAUUCAGACUGGGCGGCUUGUAAAGACACCAGAAGAUCAGUCAGUGGAAUUUGUAUGUUUGUUUGUGAUUCCUUAGUCUCUUGGCGAUCUAAGAAGCAGGACACGGUCUCUUGUAGUACAGCGGAAGCAGAGUUUCGAGCUAUGGCGCUUGCCACUAAGGAGAUGAUCUGGUUAGCUCGAUUGUAA